UGCGCGUCUCGACCCAGGUCCGUGCAAUCACACUGCGACUUUGUCACAACGGAAGCUUGGUAAGCUGUGUCCAAACGUUGUACUUGCUUGUACUGACACUAUAACAUAGAUCUUUGACAAAGGCCUUUGCAUGACCAGCUACAGCUUGCCCAACUUUUCGAGUCGAAUCUCCAAGUUGGAGCAUUUCUCUCAGAUUGCGGAGCCAGACAGCGCACCUCUCCAUCCGGAUGGCUCUCGUCAUCUUCUUGCAGUGGUCUACCGAGAUGCUCCGAAGAUCUACCCUGAGCUGAAGCGGUACGGCGAUUUCUCCCAAGGAGUUCGCAAAAUUGAUAUAUCUUUCGAUUUCAUCAGCUUCUAUCGCUUCUUUAAGGUCACAGCGGGCGAAUUUGGCAAAGAUUGCCAGCCCCGUUGCACGCUCACCUACAAUGUGUUCGAAAGGAUGCCGUAUCUCAACGAAAUUAUCGUUCGUCUUCCUUCAGAUCGAAUGAAGACCUGGGUCAACAAGACCCAUCAGAUGGAGCGUCCCUUGUUCCACAUCACCUCCCCUUGUCCUCGAAUGAUCUAUAGAAUACUUUACGAGCGUAUUGCCGAGGCGCUUGCGACGUAUGAGAAUGUCAGCGUCAGGAACUUCUUGAGUGAGACCGAAGAGAAGCGAUUCUGGCGUAAGAUAAAAUUGUUUGAUGCGCCGGAAACAGUACAAUACUAACUUCACGCAGGCUUGCGCCAGACCGCGAUGAAGACUCUCCGAGACACACCCGCACCAGAACCUUUCAAGCUCACAGUGAAAGAGUUGCAAGAAAUCAAUAUGCACGAUAGAGGCGGUGGUGUCCAACUGACGCCAAAUGAGAUAACCGAGGCUCACCGGGAGAGAUACGAACGUUUCAUAUUGCAACAAGAGAAAGAAAAGAUCGAAAAGCAGCUGGGCUCGCUUAUCCAUAAGGGACCU